AUGGCCGAAUUCAUCCGCGCCCAGAUCUUCGGAACUACCUUUGAGAUCACCUCGAGGUACUCUGAUCUCCAGCCCGUUGGUAUGGGAGCUUUUGGUCUCGUCUGCUCCGCGAAAGACCAGCUCACCAACCAGAAUGUCGCCAUCAAGAAGAUCAUGAAGCCCUUCAGCACACCGGUUCUCGCCAAGCGUACAUACCGUGAGCUGAAGCUUCUCAAGCACUUGAGGCAUGAAAACGUCAUCUCUCUGAGCGAUAUCUUCAUCUCUCCUCUUGAGGAUAUCUACUUCGUUACCGAGCUUCUCGGAACUGAUCUGCAUAGACUUCUCACUUCUAGGCCUCUUGAGAAGCAAUUCAUUCAGUACUUCCUGUACCAGAUCAUGCGCGGCCUCAAAUACGUCCACUCCGCAGGUGUUGUUCAUCGUGACUUGAAGCCCAGCAACAUCCUGGUCAACGAGAACUGCGACUUGAAGAUUUGCGAUUUCGGCCUCGCGCGCAUCCAGGAUCCUCAGAUGACUGGCUAUGUCUCUACUCGUUACUACCGCGCCCCCGAGAUCAUGCUCACUUGGCAGAAGUACGACGUCGAGGUCGAUAUCUGGAGUGCCGGCUGCAUUUUCGCCGAGAUGCUCGAGGGCAAGCCCAUCUUCCCCGGAAAGGACCACGUCAACCAGUUCUCCAUCAUUACCGAGCUUCUCGGCACUCCACCAGACGAUGUCAUCAACACCAUCGCCAGUGAAAACACCCUGAGAUUCGUCAAGUCCCUCCCCAAGCGCGAGCGUCAGCCCCUGAAGAAUAAGUUUAAGAACGCCGAUCCCUCAGCUGUCGACCUCCUCGAGCGCAUGCUUGUCUUUGACCCCAAGAAGCGGAUAACUGCCACCGAGGCCCUGUCCCACGAGUACCUUGCCCCCUACCACGAUCCCACCGACGAGCCUGUUUCCGAGGAGAAGUUCGAUUGGAGUUUCAACGACGCCGAUCUCCCGGUGGACACAUGGAAGAUCAUGAUGUACUCCGAGAUCCUUGACUACCACAAUGUCGAAGCCUCCGGGCAAAUGGAGUACUCCGAGGACAUUGUGCAAUAA